UAUUCUAUUGCCGUACAUUGUGCUCGUUCUAUGUAAAUUGUAUUCAAUGACAGUAAUUAUUUGAAAGUAAGCAAGAAAACUCUUUAGCAAUCAAAUCUUCAGAUCUACGUUCUACGAAACAAAGGUCGAACAUUCAGAAAAAUGGAAUGUGUGGUUAUUACAAAACAAUUGCUUAAAAGCGUUCAGCGCAAUAACGCUUUAAAAACUGUGUUUAAUGCGCUCAACACGAAUUUUUUCAACAACUUUUUGACUGGCGUCGAUGUAAGAUAUUUGGCCGAACUGAAAAAUCGAACGUCUAUAAGUUUGAUCGGAAAGUCAAAUUUUCAAACUAAGACAUUUAUUUGCAUGAGCGAAUCGUUGCUGGAAAAAUGCACCAAUAAACAGAUGGUUGAAACAUUGUUGUAUGAAAUGGUUAUGGUAUACAUCAAAUUGAAAUUGACCGAAAGGACCGACAAGAGUGACGAAGAUGACAAGGAAAAAAACACACAGGCAUUGCUUAAACGGGCUAUGGAUUUUUUGAACAACACAACCGGUACAAUAUUAUCGUUCAAUUAUCCGCAAAGAGCCCAUCAAACGGUGCACAGUUUCGAUCAAUGGAUUGACGUCGAGGACGAUGUCAACUUUCAUGAGCUGAACAAUAGCAUCAUCAUUUUGGAUGAUGACGAUGAUGAUGAAGAUGUUAAUGAUUUUGACGAAAUCCGCAAAGCUGGCUACGAUACUAUCGAUAGAAUCAGCGAUGAAAUUCAUGUUGAAUAUCUACCCAAUCGUGCAUGGAGCGUUGAUCACAAUCAAACUAAUGUUAUUUGUGUCUGUUGCACUGAUUAUGACGAUUUGUUUAAGAGUGUAUUCGAUGGCACGAAAUUCACCUUGCAUUUGAAUGAAGAAAACUGUCCGGUGAACUGCCCGAUUUGCUGCUGUGUGGUCGAAAAUAGAUUAAACAAUCAUUUCAAUGAUGUUUGUACAGCAUUUCGCACCUGAGGUGAUGGACUCCGGAAUCAAAAUCAAAUAAUAGGCCCAUUGAACCAUUUUAAUUUGUUAUGUAAUUUGUUUUUAAUUAAUUAUUCUCAAUUGAAAUUUAUUUUAUCAUAUUUAGAAGAAAUUUAUCGUAUUUAU